UUCCGGGGAAGCCGCCCCGCCCCCACGUGGGCCCCGGGGAGACUAAAGCGCGCGACUGCGGUGGCGGGAGCGGCGGCUCGGAUUCCUUAGGGAGAUAGAUCCAGGUUGUGCUGUACGGCAGAAGUGCUCGCGGUGCACCCGGGGACGGAGUCACUGUGGGACCCCUAAUUGGGGUCUUAGAGAGUUGAGCACUCAGACCCCCCAGAAACCGUCCAUUCCAACCAGCAGGCUGCCCUGUGCCCCCCUGCCCACCAUGCAGCCCCAGUCAGUCCUGCACAGCGGCUACUUCCACCCACUGCUUCGGACCUGGCAGACAGCCGCCACCACCCUCAGUGCCUCCAACCUCAUCUACCCCAUCUUUGUCACGGAUGUUCCUGAUGAUAAACAGCCUAUCGCCAGCCUCCCAGGAGUGGCCAGGUAUGGUGUGAACCGGCUAGGAGAGAUGCUGAAGCCCCUGGUGGAGGAGGGCCUGCGCUGUGUCCUGAUCUUUGGUGUCCCCAGCAGAGUCCCCAAGGAUGAGCGGGGCUCUGCAGCCGACUCUGAGGACUCCCCAACUAUCGAGGCGAUCCGUCUGUUGCGCAAGAACUUCCCCAGCCUCCUGGUGGCCUGUGAUGUCUGCCUGUGCCCCUACACCUCCCACGGUCACUGCGGGCUUCUGAGUGAGAAUGGCUCAUUCCAAGCCGAGGAGAGCCGCCAGCGGCUGGCGGAGGUGGCACUGGCCUAUGCCAAGGCAGGGUGUCAGGUGAUAGCCCCGUCGGACAUGAUGGAUGGACGUGUGGAAGCCAUCAAGGAGGCUCUGAUGGCACAUGGAUUCGGCAACAGGGUAUCAGUGAUGAGCUAUAGUGCCAAAUUUGCUUCCUGUUUCUAUGGACCUUUCCGGGACGCGGCUCAGUCAAGCCCAGCUUUUGGAGAUCGCCGCUGCUACCAACUGCCGCCCGGAGCUCGAGGCCUGGCCCUCCGCGCAGUGGACCGGGAUGUUCGGGAAGGAGCCGACAUGCUUAUGGUGAAGCCAGGAAUCCCCUACCUGGACAUCGUGCGGGAGGUAAAGAACAAGCACCCUGAGCUCCCUCUUGCUGUGUACCACGUUUCUGGAGAGUUUGCCAUGCUUUGGCACGGAGCCCAGGCUGGGGCGUUUGAUCUCAAGGUUGCCGUGCUGGAGGUCAUGACCGCCUUGCGCAGAGCAGGUGCCGACAUCAUCAUCACCUACUACACGCCUCAGCUACUGCAGUGGCUGAAGGAGUGAUGGAGAAAGUAUGCAAGACCCAAGAACUAGAGCUUCUAAAAUUCCCAGGUCUUGGAGAAGUGAAAACCAAAGUAAAUGCUGCUUUUAGAACUGUG